AUGUUCGACAUGAUGGCUAAAGUCGCUGCCUCCUUCAUCAUCGGCCCGGAGUUCGCAACAGACAAUGAUUUUAUCCAACAGGCGCUGUCUUACAUGUUUCAAAUCAAUGCUACGACAGCAGCAAUUUACUCAUAUCCCCGCAUUGUCCGGCCCCUGGCAUGGCAAUUCGCUCCAGCUUGCCGUGCCUUGCGAUCCGCCAUCAUUUCCCUGAAGAAAAGGCUAAUUCCGGAAAUUCGGGCACGAGUGAUCCGGGCUCGAUCCGGUGAGAAGGAUGGGAAAUUCUCGAUGCUGGACGUUUUGAUCGAAACAGCUAUCGAGCAGAAUGUCCUCAGACGUGACGGAUGGUGCAAAGAAGAGGAGCGUGCAGUAGACCAGCUAGCUCAGCACACGAUGUUUUUCUUUUUUGAUGCAGCAGCGCCAAUUGCGUCGGUGGCCACGAUCAUGUUGUAUCGGAUCAUGACGAGUCCAGAAUAUGCGCCACUGCUCCGAGAAGAAACUAGCAAAGCCCUAAAGGCCUCUGGUGGAGAAUGGAGCUCCGAGAUCUUGAGCUCUAUGCCCCGGCUCGAAAGCUAUACCAGGGAAGUCUUGCGUAUCCAUGUGCCACUGGUCUGGGGCCCCAGCCGCCAGGUCUUGAAGCCACUCACCAUUAACUCGCUUAAAUUGAUUCUCCGGCCAGGCGACCUUAUCACGGUGCCAGCUUUGUUCACACAUACCGAUCCGGAUCUAUACCCGGAUGCGAUGGAAUUUGACCCGAAUCGUUUCUACGAUUCUGCCUCAGAAAAAUGUGUCCCCCGGGUGACGACUACCACCGACACCUUCCUGUCGUUCGGCCACGGCACUUGCGCUUGUCCUGGACGUACACUGGCGAUGAAAGCGGUUCAAAUACUCUUUGCCAAAAUGCUCCUGCUCUAUGAAGUGGAAUUCGCGGACGGCCGGAAAGACUUUCCCGCAAACGUGUUAACUCCGGGUUUCAAUCUUCAGGACCCCACUGUCAUGAUGCGCGUCAAAUGGCGGGUGUCAAGCGGUCCAGCGAAUACUGUAAUGCUUUGA